UCGUGCUGACAGUGGAUCUUCAUGAGCCCAGGCCUUUCCCCAUGAGACCGCUGGGAUCUCUCGGGGGGGUCAGGGCUCACACCCUUAGCCAGCUGAACACCCUCGAUACAAACUAGACAUACCUGGACCUUGCUCAGUCAGCUCUUCCACACGUGUGUGCCCCUGUGCCAGGCACUGAGCUUCACGGAUGGCUGAAGCGUGGGCACGAGGUCUAGUGGGAAGAGCAGAGUGGCCGAGGGAGGGAACCAGGGGCAGGGGCCCUGGGCUGUGGGUGAGGCUCAGAGAAGGCUUCUUGAAGAGAGGCUGACAGAGCUGUCUUGCCAGGUAGGAGUUGGCCAAGUGUAAUUCAUCCUGUAGCUAAAAAUAAUGCCGGUUACUAGUGAAGGCAUCACACCAACAGGCAGAUCCUAGCGUUUAUUCAGACUAAGGGGGGUCAGGAUGUGGAGCCAUGUGCAGCACUCGGGUGCCUCCCGGGCUCUCCCCUAAGCCAGGGGGCCAGGUUCUCUCCUGACUUCGUUCAGCUCCUGGAAAACCGGGAGAGGGGAACACGGUCGUGGAAAAGGCACUUAGCCCACGCACAUGGCUCUGCUGUGUCCUCCGGAGAGCGAUGGCCUUAGAACAGUGGUUCUUGACUGGGGGCCGUUUUGUCCCCCAGGGUACAUUGGGCGAUGUCUGGAGACACUUCUGGUUGUCACAGGUCAGGAGGUGCUACCGGCAUCUAGUGGGUAGAGGCCAGGGGUGCUGCUGAGCACCCCCUAACGCACAGGACAGGCUUCUACAACAAGUGACCGGCCCAAAAUGUCAGCAGUGGUGCAGCUGAAAAACCCCUCUUUACAAAGACAGAAGCCAGGGAAGGGGGCAGCACUGGGGUGGUCUGCUCCUUGGAGGAAAACUUAAGGCAGGUCCUAUGGGCCCCAGAAGGAAAAUAGAUGGGGGCCGGGGGAGGGAAAGUAGUGUGCCGUCUACAGUGAAGAAAACAGAAUUUAACAGAAUUCUCUCCCACCUCCCCAAAACGUUGAUCAGCUUAUGGAAAGAACCCUGGACCCUGAGAGAAGUGUGUGCUCUCUGGGUCUCUGUCUCCUCACCUGUAAAACACAAGGGCAGAAUCUGCAGGCAGGCACCUUCCAGGACUGACACUCGAUCUGUCUUGGUAUCUGGGUCUCAGGGUUUUUUACUUUAGUUCCUGUUGAGCUUCCCCAGGAGAGGUUUACAAUUUGAGGGACUCUUUCGUCAGUAAUCCUGUGGCCCUGAUGUCCCCUGGGGCAGUGCACGCCUCUUUUCCUGGUUAGUUCCUUCCUUGGGUGCUGGAGGCCUGCAUGAAGAACUGUGGGAGGAGAUUUCAUAACGAAGUGGGAAAGUUCCGGUUUUUGAAUGAGUUGAUCAAAGUCGUCUCUCCAAAGUACCUGGGGGACAGGGUGUCUGAGAAAGUGAAGACCAAGGUUAUUGAGCUGCUUUAUAGCUGGACGUUGGCCCUGCCGGAAGAAUCAAAGAUCAAGGACGCCUACCACAUGUUGAAGAGACAGGGCAUUGUGCAGUCUGACCCGCUGAUCCCGAUGGACAGGACACUGAUCCCCUCUCCGCCACCUCGUCCCAAAAACCCUGUUUUUGAUGAUGAGGAGAAGUCCAAGCUUUUAGCCAAGUUGUUGAAAAGCAAAAACCCAGACGACCUGCAGGAGGCCAACAAGCUCAUCAAGUCCAUGGUGAAGGAAGAUGAGGCGCGGAUCCAGAAGGUGACCAAGCGUCUGCACACUUUAGAGGAGGUUAAUAACAACGUGAAGCUGCUCAGCGAGAUGCUGCUUCAUUACAGCAAAGAGGAUUCUUCAGAGGCAGAUAAAGAGCUCAUGAAGGAGCUGUUGGAUCGGUGUGAGAGCAAGAGGCGGACGUUAUUCAAACUAGCCAGCGAGACAGAGGACAACGACAGCAGCUUAGGGGACAUCCUGCAGGCCAGUGACAACCUCUCCCGGGUCAUCAACUCUUAUAAAACAGUCGUCGAAGGGCAGGUCAUCAAUGGUGAGGUGGGCACCUCAGCCAUUCCUGACUCUGAAGGAAACCACUGCUCCAGUAACCAAGGGACUCUCAUUGACCUUGCCGAGUUGGAUGCGCCGAGCAGCUUGUCCCCAGUGCUGGCCCCCGAACCCCGCUCCUCGGGCAUCCCUAUCCUCCCUCCGCCCCCCCAGGCCUUGGGACCCGGGCGCAGCCACUCGUCCAGCCAGGCUGAGGCCCCCCCGGGACCCAGCAGCACAAGCCACACCCUCAGCCUGCUGGAUGAGGAGCUACUCUGCUUGGGUCUCAGCGACCCAGCCCCCUGUGCUCCUCCCAGAGAGACAGCUGGAAACGGCCAGUGGCCCCUGUUCCAGAACGAACCGUCGAACUUGGACUUCUUUGGCCCCAAACCCGCAACUGGUGCCUGUAGCCUCUCAGAUGGGCCUCUCCUGCAGCCCUCAGCAGCCCCCGCAGGCAACUCCCAGGCCCCCGUGGUCCCAGCCAGCGUUCCGGCCCCCCCGGCCGGCUCCUUCUCGUUUUCCACCGGCCUGGCCCCAGCUUCGGCCCCCAAGGCUGAGCCUGCGGCCCCCGGGCACCAUGGUUCAGCUUUGGGUGACAGCACCGUGUGCCAGCUGGACGCCCUUGAUCAGCUUCUAGAAGAGGCCAAAGUGACCUCAGGCCUGGUGAAACCCGUCUCCUCCGGCUUCUUCGCUGGCGCUGCCACCUCCCCUCUGCUCCCCACCAGCACCUCAGCUAGACCUCCCCUCCCCUUCUCCACGGGGCCCGGCAGCCCUCUCUUCCAGCCACCUGCCUUCCAGUCCCAGGGCAGCCCCAUGCAGGGGCCCGAGCUCUCCCUGACCAGUGUCCACGUCCCCCUGGAGUCUAUCAAGCCUAGCAGCGCCCUUCCUGUGACAGCCUAUGAUAAAAAUGGCUUCCGCAUCCUCUUCCACUUUGCCAAGGAGUGUCCUCCAGGACGGCCUGACGUGCUGGUGGUGGUGGUGUCCAUGCUAAAUACGGCUCCCUUGCCUAUCAAGAGCAUCGUGCUGCAGGCUGCAGUGCCCAAGUCAAUGAAAGUGAAGUUGCAGCCACCCUCUGGGACAGAACUCUCUCCGUUUAGCCCCAUCCAGCCACCUGCAGCCAUCACCCAGGUCAUGCUGCUGGCCAAUCCACUGAAGGAGAAGGCGAGGCUUCGGUACAGGCUGACCUUCGCCUUGGGGGAGCAGCUGAGCACGGAGGUGGGGGAGGUGGACCAGUUCCCCCCUGUGGAGCGGUGGGGGAGCCUGUGACCCCCGAGGACACUGUCAUCUGCACUUUGGAGCCCAGGCAGGCUGCCCUGAGACGGGGGGCUCUCCAGGUCCAGUCCUUCUUCACAUCCUGACUGCAGUGCGUAAGAGCUUUGAUGUGGAACAGGGGGCCUGGGCAUUGCUGCCAGGAGCCAAGCUGCUGCUGUGGUGAUCUCUCCUCCUCUGGCCCCCUAAAAGGACCUGUUUUUAUCUACCUGUGUGACUUGAAGUGGCCACGUGCAUCAGGGGUGGGGAGUGGCCCCAGACUCUGCACCCCUGCCCUGGGAACAUGGACCCAGGGCUGGAGUAGGUUUUUCCCCUUGUGUUGGCGCCCUCUGAUGCCACAGAGGGGGAAGUCUCCAAAGACAGACUCAGGGCCCUCCCUCAAGGACCACGUCCUCACAGCCCCAGAGGUCUCAGCUCCCCGUUGCUGCUCCGUGCUUCCCCCUGGCAGGCUCCUGCUCCCAUCUCCAGGGAGGUGGGCAAAGCCCAUGGUCCUGAACGGCCCUGGGCCCAGAGUAAGGAGUUGGUAUGCUGCCAGAUCUCCGACCCUGCCCUCCAUGGACAGCGUCAUCCUGGAGUGGCCACUGGAUGAUGAGCUUGUCCCUGGUGGUGGCAGGCUGUGUCCUAUGGACAUCGCAGUAGGAUGAGGAAUUCAACUCAAGCUAUUAGAAACAGUAGAACUUGGCCUCAUGGCAGCCUAAACUGCAGAUAGGAAGGAAAGAAGAUGGAAGAGAACCAGUGUUGCUCCUCCGGAAGCAGGUCCUCAGCACUUUCUGGGAAAAGUGUGCCUCCUGCUACGGGAGCAGGCCAUCCUACUCACUACCUCUUGCUCCGCAUGAAAUAAACUGCCGUCCUGCCCUUCACGCCUCUGAAGGGGAGGACGACUCCCAGCGCCCUGUGUCCUCCUGCUUCAGCCUCCCCUGCCUCCCACCAGGUGGCCUGUGGUGUGGCACGUGAUUGGGAACAGGAGGCCUCAGGGUUAGGCACGUUGCACUAGUUUUAUGUCCAUACCUGCUGCCCAGAAACCCUGUCCCCAGCCGCCCAGGGGCACUGUCAGCAAGAUGUUGGGUCUGGAGGUGGUGAGAUUAGGGGCCUUGCUUGAAUCGAGUCACCAGACCCUAUUGCUUCAACAGUGCUCAGCCCAAGCUGCUCCACCCACUGGAUGCGACUGGGCCAGGGACUCUAGGCCUCACAGGGCAACAGGAGAGUGAGAACCACCAGCUGGGGAAAGAGCACACAGCUCACCUGAGCUCAGCUGGAUAGGCUCAGAGCCAUCUCUGGGGAAAGGUGGCACAAACCAUGUUCCCUGACCCCCUCCCUGCUCUUGCCAGGCUUCCUUACCCUAUCAAUAUAGAGGUCAUCGCCCCUUCCCUCCCACUGUUGGCAAGCAGGUUUCACUGCUUCACCAGGACAGUCAAAAGUGAAUCAAUUUCACUACUUAAGGAAUAAAUCCAAGAGCUUUCCAGAGACGGGCUGCUGCAGCCCUGGGAAGGUCUAUGGGACUACUAUAUGGAAAUGUACCUUUAUGAUAAGCUUUAGACUUUAAAAUUAUUUAUGAGUGUUACCCGUUACUAUUGAGGUCACUGCUUUGUGACAAAAAAAACUGUACUGGAUAUAUCAACUGCUGCCCUUGUUUUGCUGCAUGUUAAAUAAAACCAUUUUCGCCCCA